ACCAUAAACAUUGGACUGUGGUCUGUUGUGUUAGUACCCUUGUGGUUAAGAAAGAAAGUUAUUCUGUUUGUGAAGUUCUAGAAGUGCGUUGAUUAUGAUUCACUAUGAAAACUGUGUUAAUGAUUGCAGAGAAACCAUCUCUGGCACAAUCUAUAGCAAAAUUCCUUUCAAAUGGCAAAAUGACGACACGUAAAGGCAUAAAUGGUGCCUGUUCUGUACAUGAGUACAAAGGGGAUUUUUUUGGUGAGAUGGUCAAAUUCAAAAUGACCGCGGUGUGCGGUCAUGUUAUGACGUUAGAUUUUCACAAUAAAUACAAUAAUUGGGAUGCAGUCAAUCCAGUCGAAUUGUUCCAUGCGAAAACAUUGAAAAAAGAAGCUAAUCCGAAAUUGAAUAUGGUGAAAUUUUUGCAACAUGAAUCUAAGGGUACAGACAUCGUUGUCCUUUGGCUGGAUUGUGAUAAAGAAGGUGAAAAUAUAUGUUUUGAAGUUUUGGACUGUGUCUUGCCAGUUAUGAGUCAUCCAACUCGAUCAAACCAGCAAACAAUAUUCCGUGCUAAAUUCUCUGCUAUCACUGAAUCAGACAUAAAAUAUGCUAUGAACAAUCUAGUGAGGCCGGAUGAGAACCAAGCUCGGUCUGUUGAUGCAAGGCAAGAACUGGACUUGAGAAUAGGUUGUGCAUUCACUCGAUUUCAAACCAGAUAUUUUCAAGGGAAAUACGGUAACCUUGACAGCAGUCUUAUAUCAUACGGACCCUGUCAAACGCCAACACUUGGUUUCUGUGUGCAGCGUCAUGACAUGAUUAUGUCAUUUAAACCUGAAGUGUUUUGGCUUCUGCAAGCAAAAGUUGAACAUUCAUUGGGAAAGCAAAUCAUGCUAGAUUGGAAUAGGGUACGUGUCUUUGAUAAGGAGGUUGCUAUAAUGUACCACAGUACGAUUUCUAAUGUUAAAGAAUCAGUUGUUGAUAGUGUUAUCAAAAAAGAAAAAGUGAAGCAACGUCCACAGGCGUUGCAUACAGUUGAAAUGCUUCGUGUUGGAUCAUCUGCUUUGGGAAUGGGCCCCCAACACACUAUGCAGGUUGCAGAAAGCCUGUAUACACAAGGAUACAUUAGUUAUCCUAGAACAGAAACUACCCAUUAUCCUGAAAAAUUUGAUUUAAGAGGUACUCUUCAACAACUACAAAGUGGGACAUCAUGGGGAUCUGCUGUUCAAGAUCUUUUACGGGUAGGGUUAAACAAACCAAGGAAGGGACAUGAUGCUGGUGACCAUCCCCCUAUCACACCCACAAGACUUGCAAGAGAAGGGGAUCUGUCAGGUGACGCAUGGAGACUUUAUGACUAUGUUGUACGACAUUUCGUUGCAACUUUGAGUACAGACUGUAAGUAUCUACAGACUAAGAUUUCAUUCAUUAUUGGUAAAGAGCUGUUUACUUUUGUUGGUAAGACUCCAUCGGAUCCUGGGUUUACAUCUAUAAUGCCAUGGGCAACAAUUCCUGCUGAGGAAACUAUCCCUUCCCUAGAGAAAGGUGAUAAAUGUAAAGUUUCUGAACUGAAAGUAGUAGAAAGACAGACAUCACCACCAGAUUAUCUUACAGAAAGUGAGCUCAUCACCAUGAUGGAGAAACAUGGUAUUGGAACAGAUGCCAGUAUUCCUGUUCACAUCAACAACAUUACUCAGAGAAAUUACGUUCAACUUCAAAAUGGUAGACGUUUAGUUCCUACAUCACUUGGCAUUGUACUAGUUCAUGGCUACCAAAAGAUUGAUCAAGAACUGGUUUUGCCAACUAUGCGGUCUUCAGUUGAAGAAACACUCAAUCUCAUUGCAGUUGGGAAAGCAGAUUUUGGUGCAGUUUUGUCUCACACGAUACACAUAUUUUGUCAAAAAUAUUCUUUCUUUGAGAAAUGCAUUGCUAACAUGGAUGAAUUAUUCGAGGUCUCUUUCACAAAACUUGCUGAUACUGGGAAGGCAUUGUCAAGGUGUGGCAAAUGUGUUCGCUACAUGAAGCUUGUCAAUGCUAAGCCAAUGAGAUUGCAUUGUUCUCAUUGCGAUGAGACAUACAGUUUGCCACAAAAUGGAACUAUUAAACUAUACAAGGAGUUGAAAUGCCCUUUGGAUGAUUUUGAGCUCGUGGUUUCCUCCACAGGUAGUCAGGGAAAGUCAACCCCCAUAUGUCCAUAUUGUUACAACAAUCCUCCAUUUCAAGGUAUGAAGAAAGGCAUGGGUUGCCCUGAAUGCCUGCAUCCAAAUUGUAAAUUUUCUCCUGCCACCCUGAGCGUGACACCUUGCUUCACAUGUGAUGAUGGUAUGGUGGUCUUUGAUCAAAUGUCUGCACCAAAGUGGAAAAUGGCAUGCAAUAAAUGUAAUUUUGUCAUACACAUGUUCGAGGAUGCUUUUAAAGUUACUUUGUCAGAUGAAGGUUGUGAUCAGUGUGGUGCUUCCUUUUUCCAUGUAACAUUUCACAAAGAUCGAUCACCUUUAUCAAACAUGGAAACAGAGCACACGGGUUGUGCUUUUUGUGACCCAACAUUUGUAUCUAUGGUCAAGUUUGAUAUGGCAAAAGGAAGACACCCGAAGUUUCGUCACUACAGGGGUGGAAAACGAGGUCGGGGAAGAGGUAGAGGCAGAAAAAGAAGACAGGAAAAGACUAAGGACAAAAUGGCUCAACUUGAUGCAUUUUUUUUGUGAUUCAUUUUACCAGAGAGAGAAUUUGAACCAUGCUUUCCCCCUGAUGUUGAUGCUAAUUAGAUUUAAUAUGCUUGCUAUUAUGCAAAUUUAUUGAUUGUUUUCCGUUGUGAUGAAUAUAAAUUAGUGAACUGUAAGCUCUGACUGAGCAUUGUGUGGU